CCGGCCCGCUCCGCACGCUCCGCUCCCGGACGCCGACGGCGGCGGGCGCUUCCGCCUCGCGGGCCUCGGCCCGGUGCGAGCGGCACCGCGAUGUGGCUGAGCCCGGAGGAGGUGCUGGUGGCCAAUGCGCUGUGGGUGACGGAGCGGGCCAACCCCUUCUUCGUGCUGCAGCGACGCCGGGGCCACGGCAAGGGCGGCGGCCUUACGGGUCUUCUCGUGGGCACCCUGGACGUGGUGCUGGACUCCAGUGCCCGCGUGGCCCCCUACCGCAUCCUGCACCAGACCCAGGACUCCCAGGUCUACUGGACAGUGGCGUGUGGUUCUUCCCGCAGAGAGAUCACAAAACACUGGGAAUGGCUGGAAAAUAACUUGCUGCAGACACUGUCCAUCUUCGACAGUGAGGAAGAUAUCACCACCUUCGUCAAGGGCAAGAUACACGGGAUCAUCGCAGAAGAGAACAAGAACCUGCAGCCCCAGGGAGACGAGGACCCCGGGAAGUUCAAGGAGGCUGAGCUGAAGAUGCGGAAGCAGUUUGGGAUGCCUGAGGGCGAGAAGCUGGUGAAUUACUACUCCUGCAGCUACUGGAAGGGCCGCGUGCCCCGGCAGGGCUGGCUGUACCUGACGGUCAACCACCUGUGCUUCUACUCCUUCCUGCUGGGGAAGGAAGUGAGCCUCGUGGUGCAGUGGGUGGACAUAACGCGUCUGGAGAAGAACGCCACCCUGCUCUUCCCGGAGAGCAUCCGUGUGGACACCCGUGACCAGGAGCUCUUCUUCUCCAUGUUCCUCAACAUCGGCGAGACCUUCAAGCUCAUGGAGCAGUUGGCCAACCUGGCCAUGCGGCAGCUGCUGGACAGCGAGGGCUUCCUGGAGGACAAGGCCCUGCCCAGGCCCAUCCGGCCACACAGGAACAUCUCAGCCCUGAAGCGAGACCUGGAUGCCCGAGCCAAGAAUGAGUGCUACCGAGCCACGUUCCGGCUGCCCAGGGAUGAGCGGCUGGACGGCCACACGAGCUGCACCCUGUGGACGCCGUUCAACAAGCUGCACAUCCCCGGCCAGAUGUUCAUCUCCAACAACUACAUCUGCUUUGCCAGCAAGGAGGAGGACGCCUGCCACCUCAUCAUACCCCUGAGGGAGGUGACCAUUGUCGAAAAAGCUGACAGCUCCAGCGUGCUGCCAAGCCCCCUGUCCAUCAGCACCAAAAGCAAAAUGACAUUCCUGUUUGCCAACCUGAAAGACCGUGAUUUCUUGGUUCAGAGGAUCUCUGACUUCCUCCAGAAAACACCAUCCAAGCAGCCAGGCAGUAUCGGGAGCAGGAAAGCCAGUGUUGUGGACCCUAGCACAGAGUCUUCCCCAGCUCCUCAGGAGGUGUCGGAGCAGCCCGCCAGCCCAGCCUCUCCCCUCAGCAGCCGCCAGAGCUUCUGUGCGCAGGAGGUGCCAACCUCAUCCCAGGGCCUGCUCAAGCUCUUCCAGAAAAACUCGCCCAUGGAGGACCUUGGAGCCAAGGGGGCCAAGGAGAAGAUGAAAGAGGAAUCAUGGCACAUCCACUUCUUCGAGUAUGGGCGUGGUGUGUGCAUGUACCGCACAGCCAAGACACGGGCACUGGUCCUGAAGGGCAUCCCUGAGAGCCUCCGGGGAGAGCUGUGGCUCCUCUUCUCCGGGGCCUGGAAUGAGAUGGUGACUCACCCCGGGUACUACGCUGAGCUGGUGGAGAAGUCCACUGGCAAGUACAGCCUGGCCACGGAGGAGAUCGAGCGAGACCUGCACCGUUCCAUGCCCGAGCACCCUGCCUUCCAGAACGAGCUCGGGAUUGCUGCCCUCCGGCGGGUGCUGACUGCCUAUGCCUUCCGAAACCCCACCAUCGGCUACUGCCAGGCAAUGAACAUCGUGACCUCGGUGCUUCUGCUCUAUGGCAGUGAGGAGGAGGCCUUCUGGCUCCUGGUGGCCCUGUGCGAGCGCAUGCUGCCCGACUACUACAACACCAGGGUGGUGGGAGCCCUGGUGGACCAAGGCAUCUUCGAAGAGCUCACGAGAGACUUCCUGCCGCAGCUCUCAGAGAAGAUGCAGGACCUGGGGGUGAUCUCCAGCAUCUCGCUGUCCUGGUUCCUGACCCUCUUCCUCAGCGUCAUGCCCUUCGAGAGCGCCGUGGUCAUCGUCGACUGCUUUUUCUAUGAGGGCAUCAAGGUGAUCCUGCAGGUGGCCCUGGCCGUCCUGGACGCCAACAUGGAGCAGCUGCUGGGCUGCAGCGACGAGGGCGAGGCCAUGACCAUGCUGGGCAGAUACCUGGAUAAUGUGGUCAAUAAGCAGAGUGUCUCUCCUCCUAUCCCACACCUGCAUGCCUUGCUGACCAGCGGUGAUGACCCCCCUGCAGAGGUGGACAUCUUUGAGCUCCUGAAAGUGUCCUAUGAGAAAUUCAGCAGCCUGAGGGCCGAAGACAUUGAGCAGAUGCGGUUUAAACAGAGGCUGAAAGUGAUCCAGUCCUUGGAGGACACGGCCAAGAGGAGUGUGGUCCGAGCUAUACCUGUGGACAUUGGUUUCUCAAUUGAAGAGCUGGAGGACCUUUACAUGGUGUUUAAGGCCAAGCACCUGGCUAGCCAGUACUGGGGGUGCAGCCGCACAGUGGCCAGCCGUCGGGACCCCAGCCUGCCCUACCUGGAGCAGUACCGGAUUGAUGCCAGCCAGUUCCGGGAACUCUUUGCCAGCCUGACACCCUGGGCCUGCGGCUCCCACACACCUGUGCUGGCAGGGCGCAUGUUCAGGCUCCUGGACAAAAACAAGGACUCGCUGAUCAACUUCAAGGAGUUCGUGACGGGGAUGAGCGGGAUGUACCACGGGGACCUGACAGAGAAGCUCAAGGUGCUCUACAAGCUACACCUUCCCCCAGCUCUGAGCCCAGAGGAAGCCGAGUCAGCCCUGGAGGCGGCCCGUUAUUUCACAGAGGACAGCUCCUCAGAAGCAUCUCCUCUGGCCUCAGAUCUGGAUCUUUUCCUGCCCUGGGAGGCUCAAGGAAUCGACUCAGAACCAAAAAUAGUGUGUACCAAGAUGCCCAUGGCAGUCCUGGCGACAGUGGCAGAGGCUGACUUGAGCUUGAGGACCUUGAUUUCAAGGACAGAAACUGCAGAAGCAGAAGCACUACCACAGGAAGAGCAAGAAGGAAGUGGAAGUGAGGAGAGAGGAGAGGAGAAGGGGACCAGCUCUCCGGACUAUCGGCACUACCUUCGAAUGUGGGCCAAGGAGAAAGAGGCUCAGAAGGAGACGAUUAAGGAUCUUCCCAAGAUGAACCAGGAGCAGUUCAUUGAGCUGUGCAAGACGCUUUACAACAUGUUCAGUGAAGACCCCAUGGAGCAGGACCUGUACCACGCCAUCGCCACCGUGGCCAGCCUCCUGCUCCGCAUCGGAGAGGUGGGGAAGAAGUUCUCGGCCCGCACAGGCAGGAAGCCCAGGGACUGUGCCACUGAGGAGGACGAGCCACCAGCACCCGAACCCCAUCAGGACGCAGCCAGGGAGCUUCAGCCCCCAGCUGCAGGAGACCCCCAAGCCAAAGCAGGCGGAGACACACACCUCGGGAAAGCCCCACAGGAGAGCCAGGUGGUGGUGGAGGCGGGCAGCGGCGAGGGACAGGGCUCACCCUCCCAGCUGCUGUCUGACGAUGAAACCAAAGACGACAUGUCCAUGUCCUCAUACUCGGUGGUCAGCAUGGGCUCCCUGCAGUGUGAAGACCUUGCAGACGACACGGUGCUGGUGGGUGGGGAGGCCUGCAGCCCCACAGCCCACAUCGGCGGCACCGUCGACACCGACUGGUGCAUCUCCUUUGAGCAGAUCCUGGCCUCCAUCCUGACGGAGUCCGUGCUGGUGAACUUCUUUGAGAAGAGAGUGGACAUUGGACUCAAGAUCAAGGACCAAAAGAAAGUGGAGAGACAGUUCAGCACCGCCAGUGACCAUGAGCAGCCUGGAGUUUCCGGCUGAUGCCUGCAGCUGUGAGGCCUGGCCCGGGGUGUCAUCAGUGGGGCUGGCCUCAUCUCCUCCUGCCUUUCCUCCCCUAUCAGUUUCUCUUUAAAGGUGUGCCCCUCCUGCUCUCCCAGGAGCAGUGAGUUGUGAAUGGAAAGACGGCUGGUGCAGACCCAGCUGCCUUAGACAGAUUCCCUGGGCCUGCAUCUCCUGGCGCCGGCUGCUUCUGGGCCCAGGAAGAGGCUGUAGCUCCCACCUUCCUUACACCCGGUAGGAGCCCUCCUCGCACCAGCUGCACCUGCCUAGCGUUAGAGGCUCUCAGAUCUGCCCUUGCUUGCCUCGUACCUCUGUGCCCCGCACUGUGGCCAGGCCAGCUGAGUCCCUCCAUCCGUGGAUGCUCUCCUGCAGCUAUGUGGUACGGGGGUCAUUCCUGCCUCUUGGCACCAGGCUGGGGGGCAUGUGCUUAUUGGGCACCAAAGUGAUGGAACCCUCAGGUGCUCUCCGGGAGCCUGAACCUCCUGACUGAGGAACGUGGGCAGAACAUGUUUAUUGCACAGGGUGGGCACUGCGCAUAGGCGUGGCUGGCUGUACACAUGCUCUCAGCUCAUCAUCCUUUCCAGUAACUUUAAAAGCACAUCCCUCAGGCCCUGAUAUAUUUCCUUGGAUUCAUUUCACUUGGCUAGAAAUUACACUGUGCUCAAUGCCUUAAUAAAUCCCUGAAAGAAAUAAAACCCACUGUGUGCAAUGCCUUGCUAUGGCCCCCAACCACUGCUUAGGCCUCCCAGUUUCUCCCCAGGCCAAGUACGGGGCCCUGGCUGUGUUCUGGAAGUGCAAGACACUUAGUCCUCCACAGUGGGUGGAAGGGUGCAAGGCCUGCCAGGUCAGAUGGAAAGCAGAACCUGUGGGUGCAGGCUGAGCAGGUCCUGACUAACGUGCACCAGGGGAUGCCCUGAGCUGCACAGGUCUUCAUGGGCAGGGGUUGUGGGUCCUGGUGAAGGAAGUGCAUCCUCAGGCCUGGGCUGUAGCAAGCUGUCUGCCCUUGGGUUCAAGAGCCACAGGUGACCACAGGGGGCCCCAGGGCUGAGCCACAAGGAUACCCUCACUUUGCAGGAGGAGCUGAAACUGACCAGUGUCCAGUGUUAGCCCCCACAUGGGGCUGCUCUUGCUUCUACUAAAAGAUACAGCAGUUACCCCCUUAUCCACGGGAGAUACAGUGGAUAUCUAAAACCAGACCCCCAGUGGAUGUCGAAAACUGCAGAUAAUAACAAACCUUAUACAUACUGUUUUUUCCUAUACAUACAUACCUGUGAUUAAGUUUCUGAAUUAGGCACCUUAAGAGAUUGACAACAAUAACUAAUAAUAAAAUGUAACGGUUAUACUGUAA